AUGCUGCCACUGUCUCCUCGGUUAUCUGCGCAAGAACCAACUCCAUACGACUACCGACUAAUAUCUAAAAUAGGCGAAGGGACAUUUUCGGAGGUCUGGAAGGCGCAAAGCUUAAAAGAUGGAAUCUACUACGCUUGUAAAAAGAUGAAACAACAUGUCGAAAGCAUGGAGCAAGUGAACAACCUACGUGAAAUUCAAGCAAUGCGCAGACUGAGUUUACAUCCUAAUAUUCUUCAGUUACAUGAAGUGGCCUAUGAUAAGAAGUCUGGGUCUCUUGCUCUAAUAUGUGAAUUAAUGGAUAUGAAUAUAUACGAGCUCAUACAAGGGCGGAGGAACCCAUUGCCUGAAGGUAAAAUAAAGAGUUACAUGUAUCAACUAUGUAAGUCCCUUGAUUACAUGCACAGAAAUGGGAUUUUUCACAGAGAUGUAAAGCCAGAAAACAUUUUAAUUAAGCAAAACGUGCUGAAGUUGGCAGAUUUUGGUUCGUGUAGGAGUGUCCUCUCAAAGCAGCCAUAUACAGAAUAUAUUUCUACCCGAUGGUAUAGAGCCCCGGAAUGUCUUCUUACAGAUGGGUACUACAGCUUCAAAAUGGACAUCUGGAGCACAGGCUGUGUUUUCUAUGAAAUAACAAGUCUACAGCCACUUUUUCCUGGUUCUAAUGAAGUUGACCAAAUUGCAAAGAUCCAUGAAGUCAUUGGAACUCCGAACUCUGAAACGCUAAGAAAAUUCAAACAAACUCGGGCAAUGAGUUUUGACUUUCCACAGAAAAAGGGAAUAGGAAUAUCUUGCCUCAUUCCGCACACUACUUCUGAGAGUAUUUCGCUGAUGAAUGCAAUGAUGGAGUAUGACCCUGAAGAAAGGAUCACUGCUAAGCGGGCAUUACAACAUCCUUACUUUCGUGAAUUGAGAUUAGCAGAGAAACAAGCUGCCACUUUCCAGCGUAGAGUUAGAUGCUUAGAAGGGAAUGAAAACAAUCUAAGCCCGACUGUGGUGCACAACCUCUGGAGAAUUCAUAAGGGGCGUAAACAGGCAAUUCCUAUACGACGCCAGAUUCCUCCAUAUCCUGUGGAACUGCCAAAGCUGAAUGUUCCAGCCACAACAAAGAUUGUUGCCUAUCCAAAUCAGACUUUAAAGUCUGUCUUUCCAACACCAUCAAGGGCUGAAAAUGGAACUCUACCCCAAGUGCCAUCUGUACAAUACAUUGGAAAAAGCAAGUGUCCAGGAAAACGGAAACCUACUACAAAAUGUUACAAUUUACCCUCUUCUACAGAAAGAAAAAGUGAAGGCUACUGAGAACAAAUACAAUUCAAGAAUAUUCAAUAACCAUUCUCCUUUUAUACAUCAAAGCUUUUGUAAUUUUUAAAAAAAUUGUAAAAGAUCAUAUUUUAAACUGUCUUCCACUGGGCUACAA